AUGACUACAGCGAACUGCACCGGUCCGGAGUGCACCUACGUGGGCCCGGACUCGGGGGCCACGCCAGGCCGCUGCACUCAGACUGCGGGCUACAUCGCCAACGCCGAGAUUAACGAGAUAAUUGCCACCAAUCCCACCGUGCAGGUUCUCUUCGACAGUGGCAGUGAUUCUGACAUCAUCGUCUACAACGAGACCCAGUGGGUCGGAUACAUGACCAAUACCACCAAGAGCACCCGGACCACCUACUACCAGGGUUUGAACAUGGGUGGUACGACCGAGUGGGCAAUCGAUCUCGAGUCCUUUAUCACUUCGCCUACCGACGCUACGGCCUUUGGCGAGUACCUCGUCGAGCUCAAGGCCGAGGUAGACGAUGAUGAGACCGAGUUCAUUGCCACGAACCAGACUUGCUCUGACCCCAGUUCGGGUGAUGAGAGCGGCCUGCAAGCCAGUGAAGAACGAGGGGUAGCUGCGUAUGUUAAUUGGCUAGUGGAGGAUAGUUUGAAGUCGCCGACUGAAUGGACUCGCAAGAUGUUCAUGAGUACGGGAGCGGGGGCCACCCAGUGUGAUCUUUACCCCGACGGAGAAUGUCCCUUCCCAACGGGUUUCUGCUCAGACUAUAACGUGUCGGCAGAGUACUGGGCCGAGUACGUCGUGGCUAAUGCAUACCAGUAUAUUACCGAGCUCGGGUCGCUGUUCGACUUUGCCACGCAGAACGAGACGCUGAGUAUCGACGCCAUCGUGGACGACUUCCCGGUCAAAUCGGGGGCCACGGUACCCGACUGGGCGACAAUUCUCACCAAUGUCGGCGGGGUCAUGGGCAUUGUGGGGAGCGCUAUCCCGGGGCUGGACGCGGAAGCGGACACAACGAUGAUCGGGACGCUGAGUGGGAUCUUCUCGCUGGCGGGUUCCGACGUCUCCAGCGCCGACGCCACAGACGCGGAGACAACCACGCUGGAGGCGGCGGUGCAGACUGUUUACAGUGGCAUGUACCAGAGCGUGAAGGAUACGCUGAUCGCGCUCUUUGAGACGGGCGACAUCUCUUCUUGGCCCUCAGACUUGCGCACGGGCGACUACACCUUCGAGGUCGCCAAUUUUCUCAAUGGGCGGUACAUGUUCGAGCUCACCGGCACGCAGGCGUCUGACAUCGAGAAUACCUUCAACAGCUAUCUACGCCAGUACUUGGUGGGCACCGCGCUAGUUUCGGCUAAUUACUACAUCCUGAAGGGAGCGUACUCGACGAGCAAGUGCGCCUCGGUCUCCAGUGGCACUGUCAUCGGCGACUACUGCUACACCCUCGAGUACCCCGGCGCCGGGUGGGAGCUGGUCAAGCAGAUCAUGACCGACCCGAUCAGCAGCGACGACCUGACCAAGCUGACCGACACCUACGGCGUCGACCUCGAGACCCUGUAUUCCAACUCCUACACCUGCCAGAACACCACGGGCACCUACAGCGGCGUCGUCGAUAUUGACGUCCUCACCGCCUCGUCCACCGUGCCCACCUGCUUCUUCAACCUGCCCGUCUUUACGGUGGAGACCUCGGAUGAACCCACCAUCAACAACUUCCUCUCCUCGCCCUGUCUCGUGUGGGACCGCAACACCACCGCCAAGACCGCCGAGCUGGGCGUCACCUGGAUGCCGAGCAACCUGGCCGAUGUGUUUGUCCGGGACUUCUGCGAGUGCAAUGCCUCGGGGAGGGAGUGCUCGGAGGUGUAA